AUGCCUACCCCUCUGGACGAUACACUGCCCUCACUGACUUCUCUCCGCUCUCCUUUACAUCAACAUAACCUUCCUUCCCACCACGACGCGCAGUUCCCGCACUCCCAAGAACUAGACUCCCUUUCGCCAUCCGGACAACGGCACAAGAGAAACACUGAGAUUAAAGAGCUUCCUGAAGACUCCAAACACCUCCUCGCACCCGAAUACUUUUCAGAAGACUCAGAAGACGCAGACGAUAAUUCUAUGCCGCCCAAAUCGCGCCGCCCGAAAUCCGUAUUGGUGCCAAACGGCUCUACCUCUAGCGGAGGGGAAAACGGUCACACAAACGGCAGCAUGAAUAAUAAUGUCGAAUACCGGCGCAAAAACGCUUCUCUGGAUUCCAAUGCCGUCACUACGAAUCUUAUGACGCGCGAGUCGUUUACGUUGGAUGACCAUGUGCCGCGAACACCGACUAUAAACAACCAUGGCUUCUUCCAGCUGCCUAUGCAGGAUAGGAGGAAUUUUGGACUGCUGGUUUUGCUAUACUUCUUGCAGGGUGUGCCGAUGGGGCUCGCGACGGGUUCAGUGCCAUUCUUGUUGAAAGGAAGAAAUCUGUCAUAUAGUGCGCUGGGUGUAUUCAGUUUGGCUUCAUACCCGUACUCCUUGAAGCUGUUAUGGAGUCCCAUUGUAGACGCGAUAUGGACGCCGCUGGUUGGGAGGAGAAAGAGUUGGAUCAUGCCUAUUCAGAUGCUCUCCGGGAUCGGGAUGUUAUGGCUUGGCUCAAGAGUGAAGGGUAUGAUGGUUACAGCGGGCGCAGACGACGGGUCUGGAAUCUGGGGCUUUACAGGCUGGUGGUUCUUCCUAGUGUUCAUGUGUGCGACGCAAGAUAUCGCAGUGGAUGGAUGGGCAUUGACUCUCUUAACUCCCGGAAAUAUAUCUUACGCAUCAACCGCGCAAACCGUUGGCUUAACAGCCGGGCAAUUCAUGUCAUACACCGUCUUCCUCGCCUUCAACUCGCCAGAUUUUGCCAAUAAAUGGUUCCGCAAGACACCACUCGACGAAGGCGUCAUGACACUUGGAGGCUAUCUCACGUUUUGGGGCUGGGCAUACAUAAUCGUCACUCUCGGGCUCGCAGUUCUGAAGAAAGAAGAGAAAACUAAGAAUGAGGACGGCAUUUGGGAUGUGUAUAAAGUGAUGUGGGGCGUGUUGAAACUCAAGAACAUCCAGACCAUAAUCAUCAUCCAUCUAAUUGCUAAAAUCGGCUUCCAAGCCAACGAUGCUGUUACCAAUCUGAAGCUCAUCGAUAAAGGAUUCAGCCAGGAAGAUCUCGCCUUGACAGUGCUCAUCGAUUUUCCUUUUGAGAUUGGGUUGGGGUAUUAUGCGGGGAAAUGGUCAACUACUUAUACGCCUAUGCGGCUGUGGUGUUGGGGUUUUGUAGGCCGUCUAGUAGCUGCUGUUAUUGCUCAAAUCACUGUGAUUAUCUUCCCAGCAAACGGCGUUGAUACGUGGUACCUGCUUGUCGUUAUCGCGGAGCAUAUCUUUUCUACGUUUACGAACACGGUCAUGUUUGUCGCCAUCUCUGCUUUCCAUGCAAGGAUUGCGGAUCCGGUUAUUGGGGGCACUUAUAUGACUUUGCUUGCUACCGUAUCUAACCUAGGCGGUACAUUCCCCCGUUUCUUCGUCCUGAAACUCGUCGAUCUCUUUACAGUCGCCACCUGCCUCCCCCCACCCACAGACUAUAAACUCGCGGCCGGCCUCCACGGACCCCUCGUUACCUCCCCAUUCAGCUGCUCCCUGUCGGCAGAGAAAGACCGGUGUAUACAAGGCGGGGGAAUCUGCGAUGUGAGCCGGGAUGGAUACUAUGUUAUGAAUAUUGUAUGUGUGCUUAUUGGCGUCGUGACGUUUUGGGGCUUCAUCAAACCGGCGGCUCUCAAGUUGCAGGCGUUGCCAUUGAGGGCGUGGAGGAUUGCUGAAGGGAGUACGUAA